AUGCCGGACAGCAAAUCUUGGAUCAUGGAUGAGGCCACACGAAACAGGCUUCUGAAAAAGUACAAAACACAGGUGACUUCGGGGGCGUCGGCUGUUUGCGCGACGCUGGCCGUGACCCCUCUGGAGAAUGUCAAGACACGGAUGCAGACUCACAGCUUCCAAAACAUCUGGCAAUGCGUUCGCUAUUUAUGGCGCACAGAAGGGCCCCGAGGAUAUGUAGCUGGCGCACUUCCACCCUUGGCGAGCGUCGCGGUAGUCCGUAUUGUCAACUUCACCGUGUACAAUGCCUUCAAAGACAUGAUUGCCACCAAUGUGGAGCGCGUAACGGGUUCCAAUCCGUUGGACGAUUACAAGAAGGUUGGAAGCACCCCAACCUUGGCGGGUGUGCUCACUUUUACUGCAGCAGGCCUCGUAUCUGGCCUGGUGUCAUCGCCUUUGGCUUGCCCUUUUGAGCUGGCCAAAAAUGUCGUCCAGACAUCGGUCCUAGUCUCGAAUCGCGCGAUGGCUGCGCCAGACGCAGCCCACGACUCCUCUUUGCGCCAUAAGCCCCGCUUAGGAACUAUUCAAGCCUUUAAGAAAAUAUACGGGCGAUAUGGCUUCCGUGGACUUUAUACUGGUUUCCGCUUGCAUGCCCUGCGCGAUACGGUGGGCACGGGACUGUACUUCGGCGUUUACGAAACUGUGAAGCAGGUAGCUGCGAAGGAGUUGGGCCAAGAUAAAAACCCGUUCGGUGCACCCAUGAUUGCUGGUGCAAUCUGCAGCACUGUGCCCUGGUUCUGUACUUAUCCCCUCGACACGCGUAAAACUCGUGCACAGAGCGUGCUACUUGGCAAAACAAGCGAGAUCGGCGAGGCAUCGCAAGCUGUCGCUAAAUCCAGCACGUACAGGGGCUUGUCUAUCCUUCUUAUUCGGACCGGCGUGAACAACAUGAUCUUGCUCACCAUUUUCGAAUAUCUCAAAUCGCGCAUCGACGAGCUGCCGAACUGA